AUGAACUCAUUGUUUGGAAGACUGAACAAAGUAUUGAAGAUGGAUCUUAAGAAGGCAUUUCAGUCCGGUUCCAGUAGUGAGGUGUUUGGCUUUCUUAAUAAGUAUAUGAGAUUUGUCGAGGAUGACAACGAUUCCUACAGACACUUGUUUCUGGUUGGAGAAAAUCCUUUGGUGGCACAAGAAGAAAAUCAAGAGGACAUGAAGGAGUUUAACAAGAAAUGCCUUGAGUUUCUUUCCAGAACAAUAAGUAACAGUAAGAGGUCGCAUCCCUAUGACUCGACGCUGUCCGAGGCAGAGACAUACAUGGGUCUUGGAUACGAGUUCGGUCUGUUUGGGCUGCGAAAGAACGAAAGACUGGCCAUAAGCUAUUACUCGUCUGCAGCAAGGCAAAACCAUCCUGUAGGGACAUUCAGGAUGGGGCAUUGCCUUGAAAAGGGCAUUGGAAAGCCUAGAAAUCACAAGCAUGCCUUGAACUUUUACAGAUGCUCUGCAAAGUUAGGGUUUAUUGUCGGGAUGCAUGCAUACGGGUCUGUUCUAAUCAACGGAGAUAUAGGAAGUAAGAAAGACCUGCAGAGCGGGCUGUUCUAUUUAAAGCUUGCAGCAAGGAAGGCCUGCAAGGAAUACCCAUAUCCAUAUUACGACUUGGCACAGAUAUACGAGUCAAGUACCGCUCCUAGUGAGAUCCAAGCAGACGACGAGUAUGCAUUCAGACUGUAUCUGAGAGGAGCAGAACUGGACUGCCCAAACUGCCAAUACAGAGUGGCCAGAUGCUGUGAGCUUGGGGAGCUAAAACAAGAAAAAAGCCUCCCCUUAGCGGUGGAUUGGUACAGGAGGGCAUCUCUCCUUGGCCAAGUCGAUGCCCAAAUGAUAUACUCAAGAAUCCUAUUCACCGGGAUCGAAGGAGUGGUCCAAGCAAACCUAAAAGAAUCGUUUUUCUGGGCACUGAAGGCUGCAGUGAGAGGCCACUCCCAAGCUGCAUUUUCGGUGGCGGAGUUUGCAGAGACUGGAUGCGGCAUGCCCAAGAACACAUUCCUGGCAUUGUGGUGGUACACAAUCUCCUAUGAAUCUGGAAAUACCCAAGCAAAGUCAAGGCUUAUGAUGCUCCAGCAUCAAAUAGAGAUGAAGAACGAGGGGACUACUGAGCCAAGGUGCUGUGGAUGCCUCUUCUAA